AUGAAGCUCUUAAAUGUGGUGUGGAGAAAACUAACGAACACCGAUGCUUUAAGAUUAGCGAGUGGAGAGCUUGAAGUUUAUUUUUUUGAAUUUUUAUAUAGGGUUUUAUAUCUUUGCGGUCUCUCCAUUACGGACUAUAGCGUGGCAUACCGUAUUUAUAGUACAAUAGUUAAGAUGCUAUUAAUAUUGUUGACUUGCUGCGAGGUGUGGCAAUUCUUUAGUAUAACAUGGACUAUUGACGCAGUCAUCGAUGGGCUUAACCUUCUUCUUAUACAGUUUGGGGCUUUGUGCAAGUAUAAAGUUAUGAUUGGAAAUAAGACGGUGUUUAAGAGUCUAGCCUGUUCUAUGGAAUCGAAAAAUUUUGAUCUCUCCACAAACCAAAGAAAAAAUAUUUUAGAAAUUUGGCGUAAAAGUAACGAGGCGUCGCUUAAACUACUUUUUGGUUUAGGAACUUGUACUGUUAUUUUCUGGCAAAUCUAUCCUCUUGUGGAUGAUUUAGAAUAUAAUUUAAUGGCUUUUGUCAGACUGCCAUUUAACUUCCAAACAUCUACCCGAUAUCCUCCUACCUACAUGUGUAUGAUGAUAGUCUUCUCCUACAUGUGUUACUUUGUAAUGGCUAAUGACCUCAUAAUGCAAGCACAUUUAAUGCAUUUACUCUGCCAAUUUGCUAUUCUUAACGACUGUUUUGAAAAUAUUCUAACAGAUAUACAAUGCAAUUUUGAAGGUUUGGAUAUAAAUAAAUUAUACUUGAAUGAAGACUUUAGAAAAGAAUACAAGAAAAGAUUAGGAAAUUUAGUGAAACAACAUAUGUUUGUUUUAAACAAUAUCCUGAAGCUUCGGGAUUUAUUGAGUGCGCCCAUGUUAGUUCAGCUGGCCGUUAGCACAACACUUAUUUGUUCUAUCGGUUUCCAAGUUGCAACGAAUGAAAAGACUGUUGAAGCUGUGUAUGCGUCAAGUUGGGAGAAUGGCAUCGUGAAUGUACCAGGUGUGCGCACCACCCUCUUCCUCAUCAUGGCUCGAGCUAAUAAGCAAACGGCUCUCACCGCUGGAGGGAUGUACGAUCUCUCUCUAGAAUCAUACGCUAAUAUGGUGAAAACUUCAUACAGUGCUCUCACAGUUUUGCUUCGACUCCGU